CAUCCUCGCCGCUUCAUCGCUCCAACCUUCGCCAUACUUCCGCCAUCUAACCCCGUUCGAAGACGACCUGGUCUUUCCUCAACUCUGCUCGCUGCUUCGUCCUGCUACCGCCCUUCGUUGACGACGCCGGGGUCGUGAGUCGGCUCGAGCUGGCACCCGGCAACGCCCGCACGACGCCACGAUGUCUGACACUGAACGAUCGCCGCUCCUCGCGCGGGAGCACGACGACCAAGCCCCGAACGAGUCCUCGCCUCUCCUCUCCAACCACCAUGAACCAGAGCACGAUGGCGACAGCAACGACCAGCGCCGCAACUCGUCGUCAAGCGCAACCAAGGCGCACCACAGCACCAAGCGCAAGUGGAGGUGGCCGUCCCUCAUCGCCAUCCUGGUCCUAGCAGCAUCUGUCAUCGUCAUCAUCGUUCUUGGAUUUAUCGUUCCGCCUGCCGUAAAGCAAUACGCAGAAACCGCUGCGGUCCUAGAGCCCACGAGCUUGUCGCUCGAGUCUCUGACGGCCGACGGCGUGCGGGCCCGCAUUCAAGCCAACUUCCGUCUGGAUGGGGCGCGCGUCACCGACGACAAUGCCCGCCGGAUAGGCAGGCUCGCCACGGGAAUCAUGAGGCAUCUUGGCACGGAGGAAACGAGGCUCUAUGUGCGCCUCCCCAACUACGACAACGCUCUCCUCGGCUCAGCCAUUGUGCCGCCUCUCUCCCUGGAUCUCGUGGACGGCCACAACAACGAACUGGAUUUCGUGGCCGAUGUCACGCCUGGUGAUGCUGAACUCAUGCGCAAAAUUGUCAAUGAGUGGCUUGAUGGCAAGCUUGACCAACUCAAGGUCAACGGGGCGGCGUCGCUAAGCCUCAAGUCCGGGUUCUUGCCUCUGGGCACACACGACGUGGUGGAGACAAUGGUUUUCGAAGCCAAGGAAAUUCCUUCUAUUCCCGAGUAUAAGAUUCAAAACCUGGUGUUCCACGACGUCCCUCUUGGCGACGGGAGUGGCAUGGGCGUCGGUGCCAAUGUGUCCAUCACCGCACACAACGACUAUCCUAUUGGCCUUGAUGUCCCUUCGCUGGCCUUUGAGGUUCUCGUCCCUAAUUGCAACCCUUCAGAGCCCAACAUCAAGGUUGCGUCUGCAGUCACGAGCAUCAUCCAUAUUCGGCCAAAGUCAGACGUCACGGCCGAGGCCGAAGGCGUCAUUCGCGAGCUGCCCGAGACCCUGACACGGGCCUGCCCUGACACGGAGCUCUCUCCACUGGACAACUUCAUGAAGCACUACCUGCAUGGAGAAGACGCUCGAGUGUUUGUGCGUGGGAAGGCGUCGGAGCAAUCUGAUCUCCCUGAGUGGGUCGGGGAGCUCCUGGAGAGCAUCACUGUCCCGGUCGAAUUUCCGGGCCGUAAUUUCGGUAAUUUCAUUCGCAACUUCUCCCUCACCGAUGUCGACUUCAAGAUGCCGAGCCCCUUUGCGGACCCCAGUGACCCCAGCGGCAAGCCCCGUGUGUCGGGCACGGUCCAGGUCCUGGCGGGCCUCCCAGCCGAGCUGAACAUCAACAUCGAGGUCGACAGUCUGAGAGCAAACGGCGAUCUCAUCUAUGAAGAUCAGAAAUUUGGCGAAUUGAACCUUGACCAAUGGCAAAAGGCAAACUCGAGCAUCGCCUCCGGUUCCGGCAAUGACGAAGAUAUCAUCACCAUCACAUCCCACAUCGCCGACGCACCUAUCGAUAUCACGGACGGCGAUAUCUUCGGCGAUUUGAUGCAGAAGCUCCUAUUUGGCGACGAAGAUAUCAUCCUUGAUGUCAAAUCGUCUGUUGACGUCAGAGUAGCGACGGUGCUCGGGAAACUGGUUCUGAAAGGCGUCCCUGCGCAAGGGAAAGUCCCAGUAAAACACAUUCCCGGGGACACCGUCUCGGCUCUUGAUCCGCACAUCAGCGACGUACGAAUCAUGAACACAUCAACAUCAGGUGUAAAUCUGCAAGCAAAGAUUGCUUUGACAAAUCCUACGCCUUACACGGCUACAGUACCUUAUAUCAACGUUCAUAUUAUGAAGCACGGAUUUAUGAUUGGAGAGGCGAUUGCAAGGGAUGUUGACUUCCAGCUUGGGGACAACGCAGAUAUAGGCGUCAGCGCGACGUGGGACCCCAAGGCCUUUAGCGGCAGUCACGGGCAGGAAGUGAGCCGUCGACUGUUGUCAGAAUACCUCUCUGGGAAGAACACUACUCUGGAGAUCAGAACGCAUCGCGGUACUAUCCCGACAAUGCCCAUCAUCGGCGAGGCGUUGUCCAAGAUCAACAUCACGGUCAACACCCCUCGCGUGAAGCUUCCAGGGGACGACGGCGGCGGUGGCAACAGCCAUGGAUUCAUCCGCGACGCCGUGUUCCACAUCUUAUCAUCGACCGCGGCCUUCACGCUCGCGUCGCCCCUGCGCCACAACACGGUCCACAUAGAGCGCAUCAACGCGACGGCCUUUUACAACCACACUGAGCCGGUGGGCCAGAUAGUCCACGACGAGCCCUUUGACGCCCCGCCGGGGUUGUCGCAGACGCCGCGGCUGCCCGUCACGUGGUCCACGAGCAGCGUUGGCUUCGAGAAGCUUAAGGAUGCCCUCGGAGGCUCGCUCAAGCUGGACGCCGUGGCGGACGUCACGUUGAGGGUGGGGAACUGGAUACAGGAGGUGAAAUACGAGGGGAAGGGGAUUGGCGCGAGGGUUUCGCUCUGAACGAUAGAUGAUGUCUCUUGACAUCUUUGUGUGGCGUUUUGGGGGGGCACAGGUAUACACAUCUAGGAAAGGUUUUUGGGAUAGCGAAUGAAACAAAAUGCGCGCGCGCGCGCGCGGUUAUCUUUUUAUAGACUACAAAGUAAAGAUGU